CUGACUUCUUCUCUCACAACAGCUCAUUCACAUACGAAUUGGGGAUUUUUCUCUCAUAGGUUUUGCGUGGAGUUGAAUUUCUGCAGGCUGCUUGUUUUGUUCAGGUUUGAGUUUGGAUUUUCGAAGAGAGUGAAGGAUUUUAAUUGGAUUUUUGGAGGAAGAAAUUAAUGGCGACGGUUUUUGAGAGUGAUCUGAAUCUGAAGGCGACGGAGUUGAGAUUGGGAUUGCCUGGGACGGAUGAGACGGAGCAGCAGUCGUCGUCGUGUUCUAAUGCGAAGAGCAACAAGAGAUCUUGUGCUGAAAUGAACGAUUCAGCUCAGAAAGGGGAAAAAUCGGAAUCCGGUGCACCAGCUCCAAAGGCACAAGUGGUAGGCUGGCCGCCGGUUCGAUCUUACCGGAAAAAUGCUCUGCAGGCGCAGAAGAAGCCGGAAUCCGACGGAUCUGGAAUGUUGAUCAAAGUGAGCAUGGACGGAGCUCCUUAUUUGAGGAAGGUUGAUCUGAAAUUAUACAACAACUACUUCAAUCUUCUCAAGGCAUUGGAGAACAUGUUCAAGUGCACCAUAGGUGUGUACUCAGAAAGAGAAGGCUACAACGGAUCUGAAUAUGCACCGACAUAUGAGGACAAAGAUGGAGAUUGGAUGCUAGUUGGAGAUGUUCCAUGGAACAUGUUUGUGACUUCCUGCAAAAGGCUGAGGAUCAUGAAAGGCUCUGAUGCUAAAGGCCUCGGCUGCCUAUAGAUCGAUCCAUUUCUGGAUUCUUUCAUGAAAGCAAAUUAGAUCAGAUCUACUACACCCCUGGCCGGAUGCAUGAUCCAAGAUCAUACGGCAGGCAAGUCUUUAUAUAUCUUCCAAGCUUUCAUGGCUAGAUGUUCAGUUCUGUGACAAAGACUGCACAGGAAUCAAGAAAAAGGACCAACACCAUAUGUGUACAAAAAUAUAGGCAACUUUUGAUAUUAAUUCAUUUUGUUCAUCGAUCAAAUUUCUUUUUUGUUUACGUUUUUCUUUCACAUAAGCUGUCAUACUUUGCAAGAUCCACACUGUAUUAUUUUAUUAUUCAAAUACAAAUUACAAUAUAUAUAUAUCAUACAGUACAA